CUUUUGGCAAGAGAUCAAAUUGGUGACUACGUUCUUUUCGAUUCUAGUAAUUAGUAAAAUGUGCUGACCCUUACUCUAUAAAGAUCUCCACAUGGUUUCUAGCCCCGCCAUACUAGUUGAUUAGUAACGAUAUGCUAGUCCUCGCUCGUUCGGGGAAUUGAAUACGUCACGAUCCGUAAUCGUAGUAUAAUGAUGAAUAAGGGGAGAUCGUGACAAAUCUUCUACACCUUGACAGCGCACGCCAUAUUCGAAACUCCUGAUUCGAAGAUUCACUUAGCUUUUCAAGUCAGGAGAACCUCGCAAGGUAGUAGUAUAUAAGUAGAGGUAGCACCUAAGGCUUCCCAAGUUGGAGAAGUUGGAGAUCCCCGCAUUCAUGAACACAGCUCGCUCUUCUGCGCUCUACCGUGUCGCGCCAUUGUCGUCAUCGCCGAGAUCAAUUGCAAACUCAUCGCUUUCAACAUUUGUAUUUAGAAGAGAUAUUAUCAUUCCUAAUAGAAGAAGGAUCUCGUCAAUAGCGAGAAACGAAGCACGACUUGGAGGAAUUGCUGUAAACCCUUCUUUGAAGCUUGCGAAGAAGCCGAACAAACAGAUUAGAAUGGCUUCGAAAAUUACUGACUGGGUUAAGCCCGGCGACAACAGCGGAGAGUUCAAGCGUCAGGUCAGCUCGUUUCGCGAUUGGAUUUCUAAAGAGCCCGGCGCCAAGUUCCCGCCUGAGAAGGGUCGGUAUCAUCUUUAUGUUAGCUAUGCUUGUCCUUGGGCUACAAGGACUUUAAUUGUGAGGAAGCUGAAGGGACUAGAGGACUUUAUUUCAUUCUCUAGCGUCCAUUGGUACAUGGGGGAGAAUGGAUGGCGCUUUCCCACCCCGGAAGACACGGACGCCGCAGGCGAGAAUGUGAUCCCGGACCCGGUCCCGGGACACGAGAAGUACACGCACAUACGGGAACUCUACUUCGCGGUUGACCCCAACUACGGAGGGCGGUUUACCGUGCCGGUUCUCUUCGACAAGAAGACAAACACGAUCGUGAAUAAUGAGAGUAGCGAAAUCCUGCGCAUGCUCAACCAUGUGUUCGACGACCAGCUGCCGUCGGAGUACGCCAAGCUCGACUUCUACCCGGAGCCGCUGCAGUCGCAGAUCGAGGAGGCGCAUGGCUGGAUUUAUGAUGACAUUAAUAAUGGCGUGUAUAAGAGCGGGUUUGCGACGACGCAAGAGGCGUAUGAUCGUAACGUCACGGCGCUGUUUGACGCGCUAGAUAGGGCGGAAAAGCAUCUUGCUGAGACGGGCGGACCGUUUUGGUUUGGGGAUAAGAUUACGGAGGUGGAUAUUAGGCUAUUCCCGACUCUCAUUCGCUUCGACCCGGUUUAUGUCCAGCACUUCAAAUGCAACUUGCGCGACAUCCGCUCGGGGUAUCCGCUCCUGCAUCUGUACACCCGGAGACUGUACUGGACGCAUCCGGCAUUCAAGGACACGACGAACUUCUUGCAUAUUAAGAACCACUACAUGCGCAGCCACACCCAGAUUAACCCGCAUUCUAUUACCCCCUUAGGCCCUGUUCCGGAUAUCUUGCCUUUGGAUGAGGAGGUCAAUGCUGUAAAGGCUGCUUUGGCGAAGUGAAGAAUUAGAUGGAGGGUUGCAUGAAGUCGCGAGUGAGAUGUUUUUGGACGGUGUAGUUUACCUACUGUGAUCUAGUUAAGUGGUACCUAAAUCUAAUAUCUAGAUCUACUUUGUCUAUUAUCUCUGCAAGGGAUUCAGUUCGAAUAAACAAAUAUGUGUCGACGGAUCUUCGACGGUACGCAUUUAAUGACUGCGAGCUAAAGAUUCUACGAAAAUAAUAGGUACUUCCAAGUAGUCACAGCAAAAAAAGAAAUGGACGAAGUCCUCAAGCUUCAAUAAUACGUCUUCUUAUGAGGGGCAUGCAUCAUUAAGUACAAACCGAAACUCCCGUGCUAAGUAUUC